AUGCGCUGUUUUGCGCUGAAGGGGCUGCAUGGCCGCAGACUGUGUCUGCGUGAGGUGGUGCGUCAGGCGUGUGUCGAGGAGCUGGACAAGUGGCAGCUGUCGACAGAAGGGGUGCCGCUGCUGUGUAAGCCCUUCGACUGGCAGCAGCUGGGAGGGGUGGAGGGACUGGCGACAGGGGGAGAGCGGUAUGUGCGUCUGCUGGAAGCUGGGAUGUAUCUGGGCAAGUAUCGCAAGUUUGUAGGCCGUAGGAGGCCGCAGAGAGCGAUUGCUAACAUCUUGCCCUCUGCCGGGCAGGGACGCUGA